AUGUCUGAUUCAUUUACUGGAGAUUCUUCUCCUUAAGCAUAAUAAUCAUUCUUUAUCAAUAUCGAUUAGUAGGAUGUUAGUAGUUUGACUUCUAAGUCACCUUUGACCGAGCAAAUCAACUAUUCAUCUCUGAGAUAAAAUGUUCUAGUCCUCUACCCAGGUUACAUUUUGAUUAACUAUGUGACAUUAUUGUACUAUAGAUUUUUCUCCAUAAUUGGAGGGAUCUUUAAGUAUCACAGGAAAGUAGCCUCCUAUGUAAUUGUAGUAGAAAUAUUGAUUAGUGGUAUUUUAAGCAUCUAUUAUCCCGAUACUCAUCGGAAGUAUUUGGAUGAGAUGGUUGAAGAAUAAAAGUCACCAGAAAACAAAUCUAAAGAAGGCAAAACACCCAAAGUAAAUAUAAUUGCAACACCUCCCACCAAGCAAUCUACUGCAAAUUAAGAAAAAACUCAAUCGGCAAAUGCUUCAUAAUAGCAAUAAUAACAAUAACAACAAUUGUUAUAAUAAAUCGAGAUUUUAGGAGCAGUUAAAGUGAGAGAUGGUCUUUUCCUUGGUGAUGAAUUUGCUUCAUAAGACUUGGAGUUUGUAAUUGCUAAUAAGGUCACUCAUAUCAUCAACUGUGCAGGUAGACAGAUUUUCAAUUAAUGGACGCCUGUUGGAGUCAAAUACCUAACAUUCUAUUGGUUGGAUGACGACAGACAGGAAAUUUAUGAUUUCAUUGAGGAAGCAAAUAAUGAAGCUAACGGAGUAUUAGUGCAUUCAGUCAGAGGAUAAUCUCGAGCAUGUUGUGUUCUGUCAAUUUACCUGAUGAUAAAAUUCAAGUGGACAUUACUAAAAUCAUUAGAAUUUGUCAACUCAAGAAGACCUAAUCUUGAGAUAAGAGCUAGCUUCUUACAGCAACUUUCUGCCUGGGAGAGAAGGACUAGGGAAUAAUAUCCAAUAAGGACAGAUAGAUGGGAUGAAAUUUAUGCCGAUCAUAUUAAAGAGGCCAUUACCUUGACUUCAACAAAUGAGGAACUUUUACUAAGAAACACAUUCAUUAAUGCUUAGAUGCAACCUGUAAAUUAUCUUUAAUAGUGGAAAGAGGAUGUGCUUACUAGCAUCUAAUAGAGUGCAAGAUCCAGAGCUAAGCUAAAAUGGGGUGACAACUAUGAGGAAGCAUAAAAACACUAGCUGAUAAGAGAGAAUUCUGAUGAUGACUUAAUUAAUAAAGAAGAGAAUUAGAUUUUUAAGGUUGAUAAUCACAAAAAAGAAUUUCAAGGAAAGACAAUAUUGAAGAAAAAGAAAGAAGAGGGUGAAGAUAAAAAGUUAGAGGAAAAGCCUAUAAAUACUGGAGAGCUCACACCAACUAGUAAAACUUAGAAUUAAUCAAUAUAAGAAGAUAAGAAAGAUCCAAAGGCUAAAUAGCAAAGAAAAAGGCCAGUAACUCCUUUGUUAAUGAACAGCAAAAAAAAUGAAAAUUCUGAUAUAUUAUCUGGCACUCCUAGAUCUUUAAUAGCCGAAGAUAAUAAUCUGUUAAAUAACACCUAAUAACUCGGAUCACUCAAGCAUUCUGCACCUAAAAGAUCAUCCUCAAUUAAGAAGAUUGUUGAUAAAGAACAGGAAGAAAAGGAGAAGAGAGACAAAUUCAAGGCAAAGAUUGCUUGGAAUGCUACUUCUCCAAAAAAUAAGAUGAUAAUGGGCAAUUUCAACUUUAACAAAGAUACUGACCAAUCAGCCAAAAGAACUAAACUAGACAAAUCUCCCUUGAAAAUGAGUAAUACUAACGUCCUGAAGAAAGAAUUGUUAGAGAAAGCCAAGUAAGCUCUUUAAGAAAACUCAAAGGUGACUGUAGGAUUAGACAUUAAGAAAAUUUAGGAGACCUUAAAUAGAAUGACAACAGAGGGUGGGAAGCCAAUUACAAUUACAUCUAGCUCUGCAUAGAAUGUACCACAGUAAGUCUAGAAAUCCUCUGGAAACAUUAUCAACAACAAUAAUAUCAAUAAUUUCUUUAUCUAAAAUGCCUCAGUAAUUGAGAUUCCAAAAGCGCUGCCAGAUAACGUAGAAAUCAAGAAAAUUCAAGCACCGAUAGGAUAGCAUCAUCACAAGAGAGCUAACUCUGGCUCUAUGUAAAUGGCUCAAUAAAUUAAGUAAAACCUUGCAAAUUAAGGACCUAUCGCUGCAUCAGUUGGAGCAUCUAUACCAAAUUCUCAUCGCAAAAAUUAGCUUAGUGAUCAUCUGAUUGCAUAGUAGUUGGCAAAUCCAUUUAUACUAUCUACUAAUGCAACUGAAUAAUUUAAGAGCAUGAAUUAAAGACCAUAAACUUCAUCAUUAACAACAAAAGGUAAUUCAAAUAGUAGAAAAGAUUUCAAAUAAGUUUUAAGGUAACUCUAAAAAGAAAGUCUAGCAGCGAUGUAAAAUUCUCAAUAAUUUUGGAUGUCAUAAGCUAAGAAAUUUUAGAUAAAGAGCUCAGCAUAGCUAGUUGCUCCACUUUCGCAAUCAUAAGAUCCCAUCAAUAUUGGAAAGAAAUAAAUAAUGUCAAAUAGCAAUUCAAAUGGAUAAGGCUUAACCGAGUUAAAUAGACCCUCAAGCGCUUAGGGUUAAAAUCAACUAAAGACCCAAUCAAUAUAAGAUCGAGGAAGUUUGAAUAGAAAUAGAAGACUUAGAAAAUCUAAUGAAUACAUGCCGCAAAGUCAAUCAAAUUAAUCUUCGCAGCAGAUAAUGUAAUAAUAGAUCAAUAAACUUUAAAGAAGGGCUCAAACUCCAAUGCCAUCUUCACCCAGUAACAACAUUAUACACUAAGGUGAAAUCUAGAAUAACACCCAAAAGAUGAAUAAUACUAAUGGUCUUAUUAUACAGAAUAUGAGUCUUAAUAAUGGUUAGCCCAACCUAAACAAUAGCAUUAAGCCAGCUUUUAAAAAGAGAUCCAAGUCUCCAUCAGUGAACACAUAUCAAUAAAAAAUGCAACAAAAAACUGUAUAUAUGCUUCUCAAUAACACUUUUGGUCCAAAAUCAUCGAAUAAUUUGCCUUAGCCAUAAAGUCAAAGUCUAAAGAGAAAGUCAAAUAGUGGUCCAGGUGGAAAUCAGAGUCCUAAGAAAAAUGCCUGGCUACAGUGA